UACAUCUGCUGCGAGAUUUUAAACGGUUGCUUUACGAUAGUACAUCAUUUCACUUUGUUACCAGUUUAUCACUUCCUGAUUCCUUUUCGAUUUCGUAUUUCCUUGUGUGAACUACGGCUGUGAAUUUGAUGGAUCACCGUUCAUACGGGGAGGACAAAUAUGACAGUGAUCUUAUUGAUGAAGAAACUGAGUCACGUCUGUACAGCGCAGUUUUCUUUGACAAACAAAUGUCAUAUAAUUCAGUAUUAGAGCAAACAAAGCCUCUUGCUCCAUCUUUUUCAUAUCUGUCAGAAUCGUACAGAAGUCCUGUUUCGGAGCAUGUAGAUAAUCAAAAUGACAGUGUAACGGAUGCAUUGACAAACUCAGCACGUGAAAAAACAAUUUCUUCUGAGGAUGAAUGUGAAAAGAGUGGUGAAUAUCUUUUAAACUCGUCGUCAAGUUCUGGUUGUAGUGUUGUGUUGUGCGGUGACGAUGAUAGCAACAAGGCUACAGUCAGUCCCCGGGGUGUUGUUCUUGGUGUUUCCCAUGACACCCUUUUACAUAUUCAGAAUGAGCAUAGUCCUUUACAUGCAUUGGAAAAAACAGUACCCGGGGAUGAUGCAGAUAUAUGGAAAAUAUGUAAUGCUGAUAGACAGUCAUCUCGCUCCAGUGAUGCUCGGUAUUUCAACAGUUUAGAUGAUUCCCUCUGUUCAGAAUGCGGGGAUCAUAAAGGGAGGGCCCACAGGUGUCACCGUGUUUGUAUAUUUUGUGGUGAAGAGGGGCACGAAAAAGAUCAAUGUGAUAAAGUAUAUUGUUAUGCGUGUUUCGCGCCUGGUCACAGCAAGAAUGAAUGCCAUUUGUUAAAGAGUCUGAAAAAAUCCAAAUGUGAACGAUGUGGGCAACAAGGGCAUAUUUCAACGUUAUGCACAGAACUAUGGAGACAAUAUCGAAAUACCACAACUGAAGGUAAACCAGUACGCUUGCAUUACACUGUACAGUCGAAAGGUUGUUGUAACUGUGGACGAAUGGGUCAUACUGUUGAAGAUUGUCGCUGCAGGCCCUUCAGGUCACAAUUCCUUGGUCCUUUACCAAAAAGAAGAGUUACAGUCUACGAUAAAAAAGACAUAUACGAGUCUCUCCGUUCAGAUUUAGCACGAGUUUGUGCUACAAAAAAGAAACGGAAGAAGAAAGAGAUGGAGAUAUCGGAAGAAGCGGAAAAUAAUAACCACAGAGAAGCACAAAAAAUUUCUAAGCCACAAAAAGCGAAGAAAAAGAAAGGCAAAAAAGCAAAAGCCAAGAAUCUCGGUGAAGGCCACAAUGGAAACAAUUUACAGCGCAAGAUUGGUGGCAAGCAAUUAAGUCGAUCGUAUCUCGAGUUUUUGGCUUCACUUAGAACAGUAGAGAACGAGGAGAAUAAAAGUGAGGAACAACGAUCGAAGUCUCAACCUGCUAAUUCCAAUUUUAAUGCGUCGUGUGCAGCUUCCUCCUCUUCAUAUAAUUAUGAAGCCAAUGAAAGCGAUUUCCGUAUAACACAAAGAACUAAGAAAAAAUGGAAAAUGAGGUACAAGUUCUUUAAGGCUAUUAAUUUCUCUUCUUAUUCGAUGAAUUCAUUCAUUCACUUAUAUUAUUAUUUUCAUAACAAGUACCAACUGGUAUAUCUUAAAAUUAAUUUCAGUGAUUGUUGCAUUUCAUGCUCCAAAGUUUUAUAGUUAAAUCGGAGAAAUUUGUUUGUUUGACUUCGUUAUUGAUCCUUAGCAAUUUUGUUAUUCUCUUUUCUGUUCUUCAACUUCGUCCGAUUUCUGGUGAACUUUAAGUUCAUUAUCAUUUGUAUUUGUCACUUAUGUCUUACUUUCCUAUCUCUUUCUCCUGCAUAUUUCGAACAGUCUUCUCAGUCUCCAUAAUACUUCAUGCAUGUGACUCCCUUGCAAAAAACGCGAUAACAAACGCCUUUUGUUCACUUCACUUCACUUUCAGAACAAAUAUAUAGUCGUAUCAUUAAGUGUGACAAUACUCCAACCUCUUGGGUUUUACAAAUCUUGGACAUACUUGUUAAAUGUGGCCAACUUUCUCCUGGUACUUUUAUUGUCUGAAUAACUUUACUUUCAAGUAGUGAAUACCGUUUGAUGUUAUUAGAUGGUUGGAGGCAAUCGGCCACAGGAAGCCUUGGAGCUAGGUUUCGUGCUAGUUGACAAUCACAAGUCAGCAAGGCGUAUCUGCAACGUUGAAGGAACUCAUGCCCCCUUCUGAGAUUUGAACCCGCGUCACCCAGUGAGAACUGCAAUCAGAGACGUUACCACACUGAGCUAUUCGGGCCCGCGAUUGACCUCCUGUUCAGUUGUUUGAAUAGCUUCAUGCAAAGAGUGAGUACUCAGUUGCGAUGAUUUUCACACAGUGAAUCAGUAUUAUUUACUGCAUGACGUCUAGAACACAAUUUAUUGUUCAUAAUCAUAUGGAUAAAUUAUAAUCACACAACUUCGAAACCUGAGUUUUAUGGUUUUCUUUAUCUAGUCCUAUUCGUCGUAGGGGUAGUAGAAUUUUUCAAAUAUCGGGUCAUGUGUUGAAUCAUUCCUACUAUUACACGUACUCUCUCUCAGUUGAUUUGAUGAAUAAGACUUUUCUUCCCAUUCUCUCCCUCCAGCCUGAUACAUUCGAUUUUAGGAUUUUCAUCUUAUCCUAUUGUACGGUUUGUAUGUAGUAGUGGUAUCUACGGCUGAACUAUUCUCCAGAUUUCUUAUCUCAAUCGAGUCAACUAAUCUAUAUUUUCCUAGGGUUUUAUGCUCGGUUAGUCUGACUGCACUUGUUCUACUACUUUGACGUAUGUAUUUGACCUGAUAAUCAUUCCAACAGGCUAUUAGAUAAACUAAAUUGUUUUGUUUGAUGGUCUUCACAGAAUCCUUUGACCGACAAAACUUGUCUCCAAUAGAGUUUGUGGGUUUGGAUACCACUUUUAUUCCUUCAUUGUUAGGAAUUCUCCGUGACGUUUCCGAGGUUCCUUCUUUGUAUGGAAGUAGUACUGAUGAUUUAUAUUCCCCAUUGUUGGUGUUGUCAUUAUCCUGCGCAUGUUUGACUUGCAUAUCGUCAUUAAUAUUGUUAUCAUUAUCACCAUCGCUACUAUUAUUGCUUAUUUUAGUUUAACAUUUCCCUUCGUACUUCCUGAUUAAUUUGUCAGAGUAAUUAUUAAGUUCCAAAGCUUCUCAUAUAUGGCUUACUUCCUGUCUUAGAUUUUCCUUCGUACCACUUAGUGUUUGUUCCCUAUUACUUAAACAUUUCAGCAAUGCUAUUUUUACUGAAAUAGGAUGGGAUGAUUGUCAAUCCAAAUAUCGGUUUUAAUGUAUGGGUUUUGCUGUAAACACUAGUGUUUAACUUCCUAUCUUCUUUCUUUUUUGCUCUACAACCAAACAUUGGAAGCUCCCCUUCCUGAAUUUCCAAUUCAUAAAUCCAAAUACAACACUCACAAGG